UCCUCAGCUCCACCACAGACACACAACAGAGCUACCCUGCUGGAUCUGGAUGCGGGCAUCCUUGGAUUCUGCUCUUUUUAACACGGGCCAACAGCACGGAAACUUAACGGGACAACAAUGGUGCACGCCUCGCCGGCAGCUGGUCGUUUAGGGGACCGAGGAUUGUGGUCAAUGUGACAUUCACUGGCACGCUGGUGUUGAGUUUUAUUGUUCUGGUCCUAGACGCAGAGCAGCAGCGAUUCUCCGAGAAGAUGUUGAGCCGAUUCAAGAGUGGCAGCAUCAGGAAUCUUGAGCGGGAAUACAGCUGUACCGUGAGACUGCUGGAUGAUACGGAAUAUACGUGCACCAUUCAGAGGGAUGCAAAGGGACAGUAUCUGUUUGACCUCAUCUGCCAUCACCUCAACCUGCUGGAGAAAGACUAUUUUGGCAUCAGAUAUGUGGAUCCAGACAAGCAGCGGCACUGGCUGGAGUGUUCAAAAUCAAUUGCGAAACAAAUAAAAUCUCAGCCUCCCUUCACCAUGUGUCUAAGAGUCAAGUUCUACCCUCCUGAACCCGCUGCGCUAAAGGAGGAAAUCACUCGAUAUCUUGUCUUCCUGCAAAUCAAGAGAGACCUCUACCACGGUCGGCUGCUGUGUAAAACCUCGGACGCGGCCAUGCUGGCUGCCCACAUACUUCAAGCUGAGAUAGGUAAUUACGACCCUGGGAAGCAUCCUGAAGGUUACAGCUCCAAGUUCCAGUUUUUUCCUAAACACUCGGAGAAGCUGGAGCGCCGGAUUGCAGACAUACACAAGACAGAGCUGAUUGGACAAAUACCUGAAAUAUCAGAACGAAAUUUCCUGCAGAAAGCCCAGAUGCUGGAGACAUAUGGUGUUGAUCCACAUCCAUGCAAGGAUGUGUCUGGGAACCCAGCCUUCCUCGCCUUCACGCCGUUUGGUUUUGUGGUGCUACAGGGAAACAAGCGGGUUCAUUUUCUCAAAUGGAACGAGGUGACCAAACUGAAAUUCGAAGGCAAGACGUUUCACGUGUAUGCAAAUCACAAGGAGGACCAAAAGAUCAUCUUGACAUACUUUGCGCCCACACCGGAGGCCUGCAAGCACCUUUGGAAGUGUGGAGUGGAGAACCAAGCUUUCUACAAGCUUGAGAAGUCAAGUCAGGUUCGCACAGUGUCCAGCAGCAACCUGUUCUUCAAGGGCAGUCGUUUCCGUUUCAGUGGACGAGUGGCAAAAGAGGUGAUGGAGCAGAGUGCCAAAAUCAAACGCGAACCUCCAGAAAUACACAGGGCUGGCCUCGUGCCCAGCAGAAGUUGUCCAUCCAUCACCCAUGGGCCUCGCCUCACCAGUGUACCGCGCACACGUCGGAGAGCCGUGCACAUUUCUAUUAUGGAGGGACUGGAGUCGUUGCGUGACAGUGCCCACUCCACGCCGGUACGUUCAGUGUCCCAUGGGGACUGUUUCAUGCCACGCUCCCGGAGCCAGGCCACAGACGCCAGUGAGAGGACUGCGGUCAUCUCUGACGAGGCUUACAGCCCAUCGGACAGCGUCCUGCCCACCCCGGUGUCCGAGCAUAGCACGGAGCUGUCUGCCUCACGCCAGAUCAACGGGGCGCCCUGCAGCAUCGAGGAGGAGAAGGAGUCGGAAGCAGGCACCCCUAUGCGUGGGGAUGGGGGAGAGUUUGGUGCGGAUGGUAAAUCCACACAGGAGGGUGCUGGGGGGGACUCGACCCUCAGCGAGGUGGAACAGGUGAAUAAAUUUGUCUUAAGCGUCCUGCGUUUGCUCCUUGUGACCAUCGGACUCCUCUUUGUCUUGCUCCUCCUCCUCAUCAUCCUCACAGAGUCAGACCUUGACAUUGCAUUUUUACGUGAUAUCCGCCAGACCCCCGAAUUUGAGCAGUUCCAUUUCGAAUACUUUUGUCCCCUCAGGCGGUGGUUUGCCUGCAAGCUCCGCUGGGUGGGCGGGUUGCUCAUUAACAAGUGAGGGGAGGUCGUAGAGUUCGUAAGCCCGCUCGGGGUCUGAGGUGACGGUUAGGACUCCGGAGUGAUGAAGGGCAGCCUCGGCCCCAACAUGAACCCUUCUCCUCUCAUCCUCCUCCUGCAGACACAACCUCUCCUGGUAACACCAGGCAGGAUCUCUCCUCCUCUCCUCCACUUUGAUUUAACCCCCCCACCACCCAACCACAUCCUCGUUUCGCUUAUUUUCUUCAUUUUUUUUUUCUACAAAACCAGAGGACAUAUUUUGCAUUUUUUUUUAUUUCAACUCAUUUCAGGUAUUUUAUUUUUUCAAAUAACACAAAGGAAAAAAAAUAAAACUGGAAUCAAAGGACUGGAGAAGCUUAAACAGUUUUACAAGAACUGGAGAUUUUGUUGCAACCGAUGAGCGUUGCCUUCAAUUAUUAUUUAUUGUUUUAAAAAUGUAUUUGCAUAAGAGAAGGAAAAGAGAUAAACAGCAUCGAGGAAGUUGAUUUGUCAUUAAAUAAAGAUGGAAGUGAGUUAUGUCAGGGUCGAUACUGCUCUGAAGAAUAUAUGAGGCACUGUAUUAUAAUAUCUUCUGAUAUUGGUUCACCCCCAUCAGUUGCAUUUUGCAAACGGCAGAUUCACUUCAGCAGGAAAAAAACAGAACAAUCUGAAGGGAAUCAAAAUGAAGGUUUAUGAAGCAGAGAGCAGACGGGAUGAUUACCAAAUGCCUUUUUGAGAAGAAGUUGAUGACUGAAAGUUGUUUUAAGACACCAGUACACUUAAGUAUACAAUGGUGAACAAGGUAAACUGAUGAACAACAUGGGUGUUUUUCUAACAUUUUAUAGGGAUACGGUAAAAUAAACCAGUACCAAUAGUGUUAUGUGACCCAGUAGUUUCAGAAGCGGUUAGAGGAAUAUUCAGAAAGAUUUGCUGGCACCAUAGAUUAUAGUCUAGAUAGAUGUGCAAUGCUCAUAUGGUUUAAAUAAUUAAGUACUUUUGAAUGUGCUCAUUUGUUCAGUUGUUCUGUUAUUCCUCCAAUUAAUUUGAUCUGCAUUUUUUCAUCAAGUUGAAAUUCGAUGAAUUUCAAUCAUUUCUUUGUAUGAAGAGUUUAUGAUUUAUUUUGGUUUCAUAUCAACCUUGCUCUUAGGUUUAUGUAACAUACUAUAUAGUAUUAUUAUUAUUAUUAGAAUAAGAAUACUGAUGUACUUUUUGUACAAAUUAGUUUGUUUCCUAAUAUAUAUUGACAGGUUUUCCAUGUAUAUUUUAACAGAACUGAAAUGUUAUUUUGUUAUUGAAGAUUAAAUUAUACCUUUUUUAGCGCUGUGUAAGGUCAGAAGUAUUUAUGGAAAUGUGGAAGUGGGGACUUAAAAACAGGCUUUUUAUCCAGAGCCACUGCUCACACCUCUUAUCACUCCACCAGCAGUCAUUCAGCAACGUUAAGGAACAUGUAUUUCUACAAAAGCAAAUCUGAAAAUAUCAUUAUACCACCAAAAGCACAUUUCCACCUUUCAUAAUUUUACAAUAUUUUAUUUUUACUUGAAGAGUUUAGAGAGGUGACUUUGAGCCUGACCGAUACCAAAUAUUUUCCCUUAUUCCUCAUAUCCAUGACCUCUAACAGUGAAAUUAAUAAAAAUAAAACCAAAUAAAGGACUAGAGCUGAAAAUUGAAUUGACUUAUAGAAAUAAAUAAGCACUAAUUUCAAUAAUAAUUGUAAAGGUUUCUUGUGCAUCUUUUUUCUGAAUGACGCACUUAAAGAACUUUCCUGAAUUAUUAUAUUAGCCAAAAUAAAAUCAGGCACUAUCAUAUCUAAUAAGCUUAUAUUGGAGAAUAAUAUUUGCCCUUAGAUUUGUCGGUCAGGCUCCAGACGCUUCUGCUUCUCAGCUCCAGGAAGCAAUAACCCGAAGGCUGCUGGAUUCUGGUUAAAAUAUGUUUUUUAUAUUGCGUGUCCAUCUCCUGCACCAAGUGCAGGUGUAAGUGUUACUCUGUCUGUUUUUAGGAAUGGAAACAAAGCUCAAGGUGGUAGGAUUAAAUGGAGAGGAGUUAAAAAACAUGUAAACUUAGACUUAGAGGGAAUACAAUUAAAUGACUGAGAGAAAUCGAAGGCCUUUGAGAGAAGCUCUUUAAAAGUGUGUUUUAAGCGGAUUGGGAAUGAAAGGCACUUGGUGAGACAUCACUCUAAUGGCUGUACAGGGUUGCUUGUUUUUGGCUUGCUAUCUCAAACCCAACCCUCUCAUACCAGCAUCUGCAGCUGCUCCACUGAACGGUGCUACCUUCUUUGCUUGCUCCUGUGUAAUCCGAACGUGUCCGUCCGGGGCUAAAUUGUAGUCCGACCACAGAGUAGCAUGCACUUUGGCGUUGUGGCUGGAUCCACUCCUGUAGCUCGUUAUCCUCCACCAGUUAUCUGUGGUCGAGGGAGCAGCACUGACAUUUCCCAGGGGGACACUAGAGGGAAUAUAAAAUCAUUAGAGUUAUGUUGGCAAGAAACCUGUCAUACAUACAGUGUAGGAGCUUAUUUAUGUCAAGAUAAUAUGUAACUUGGAUACAUCCAGAUAAAUAGCAAUGCAGAGAUGAAGCACAUUUUCCCAACAGGAUGGAGCAGGGUGGGCUUUCUUUUUUGUGUAAAUUCAUUCUUCAUAUUUAUUACUUCUUUACUGACAUACACGUCAAGAUGAGGAGUUAGCAAGACAUAUUUUAAAGGUCAAUCUGCAAAGGUUCAUACAUUUAUCAGCAUUGUGUAGCUUUAGUGGUCCUUUUGAACAUGCAACAGUGGAAAAAAAGGCAGAAUUAUUCAAAGAGCAAUAAUCAGCUGUAUGAGGAUGCCAUUUUCCAAAUACGUCUUAUUACCGUCAAUUACCAAAUUGCUGUUGUGCUGACUCAAUGAAGUGACCACAGAGACACGUAGUUACUGUUGCAGUCAUGGAUAACAUUUGAUAAAAACAAAUGUUCCUUAGAGACCUCGGUGUCGAUGUUUGACCUGCUGUUUUCUUCGCUGUUUCAUUGUUAAGUGACGGAGUGUUUCUUGUGCCUGGAUCCGAACUGCAGUUUACCAAAGUGACAAAGAUGAAGGAAUGGAGAACGAAAGACCCCAUAUCUUUAACAACUGUACUACAGACUCCUCCAUUCUUAAAUCUCCCAGGUCGAGAGGGAAUCUCUGUCUGAAACUUUUGUGAUGUAUGCCGGGCCGCACCAGGUGCCUGUCUUAAUUUGUCUUUACAUUUCAUUUGCUGUGUCAUGUUUACAUUAUGUUACAGUUAUUUUACUUCAUGGGAGAUGUCUGCAGCUUUGAUCAGAUGUUAACGUUUCAUGAACAAGUGUAAUUGUCAUCCACAGAAACAACUUGUCCGUCUCUUAAAAAAGCAGCAGUGAAGUUUGAUUAUAAUACUCGGGGAUAGACUAAAUAACAGAAACACCCAGAUGAUAUAAUGUAACAAAGAAGAAACAGACCUUACAUUUGCAAUAUUUAUCACAACAUUUCAUAAAGCGUGUCAAAGGGAUUUUAAGGGGCUUCUCUGAGGUUGUACUUUGAGGUGUUUUUGUUAUUUUGGCCACUCCCUACGUAUUAAAAGCAAUCAUCUGAAAUCUUAAUAAAAGGCUCAAAAACCAACAUAGGCAAUGUAUGACA